UUCACUUUUUGCAAGAGUACAACAAGCACCUUGCGAUUAAAAAGUUUAAUAAAAACUUUAAUAUUAAAACUUCAAGAGACGGGGCUCAAAGUAAUUUCAACAACAUGUGAUCAAGGGGCAACAAAUUUGGCAUCAUUAAAUAUGUUAAUGAAGGAAACCAAAGAAGUUUACUUGAGAAGACAAGAGGAAUUCAAGGGCGGAUUUUUUGAAAUUGGUGGCCAAAAGAUCUACCCAAUUUAUGACCCACCACACCUUAUAAAAGGAAUAAGAAACAAUUUAAUAAUAAAAAACUUAGAAUAUAAUUUAAAUGGAAGAAAGCGUGUUGCAAAGUGGCAGCAUUUGGUGGCAUUAUAUAAAAAAGAGCCAAAUUAUAAGGGUGCUAGAUUUGCUCCAAACCUAACAGCACGACAUGUGAUGCCUCAGUUAAUACCCAAAAUGAAAGUCAAAUUCGCCACACAGGUAUUUAGUCGGACAGUCAGCAUUGCUUUAGGGCUUGCAGCAGAAACUAGAAGAAUACCUAAAGAGUGUGAAGACACAGCUGACCUAUUAAUGUUUUUCGACAAAUUAUUUGACUCCGUAAAUGGAAAUUACAGCAAACCAAAAAAAGGCAAAAUAUACAGGUCAGCUGUUAAACCACACUCACCACACCAGAGGUUAUGGAGAAAAAGUGUUCCAGUUUUAAAAACAAUGAAGUUUGUCAGUGGACGAGCUGUGGUGCCAUCCAUUUCUAGCUGGAUCAAAACAAUUGAAUCUUUCCAGCAAAUUGUCAUAAAAUUACACAGCCUGGGAUUAAAAUCCUUGCUAUUAAGAAAUUUUAAUCAAGACCCGCUCGAAAAUUUUUUUGGAGCUAUAAGAGCUCACGGGCAUGGUAAUAUUAUGCCCAGUUGUGCUGCAUUUGAGGCAUCGUACAAGGCAUUACUUUUAAAUAAUAUGGUGUCAAGUCAAUCUCUAGGUGCAAAUUGCGAGGAGGAUGAUACCUUCUGCUUACAAAAUUUAAAAUUUUUGCUCUCUGAAAAUAUUACCAGGCCCGUGAGUAAAAGUAUUGAAUUAAAUAUGGAGCACUUGGAAUUACAACUACCCAACAUAGACGAUUUGCUAAAAAGUGAUGAUCCACUGGAUGUCGAAAAAUGUGGGGCAGCGGCAUACUGCAGUGGUUGGCUUUUAAGUUUUUUAUUUAAAAAUGUAUGCACAAAUUGUAAAGAGUGUAAACGAUGUUUGGAGGGGAAUAGUGAAGAAGCAUAUUCGAAAUAUAUAAAAUUAAAAAAAUACUCAGAAAAAUCUAUUCUUCACUAUCCCAGUAAAGAAUUACUAGAAUUUUUCAUUCAAACAGAAAAUAUAGCAAUAAAAAUAUUACAAAGUCAUUGUCAUUUAGAGAACAUUGCAUUGUAUAUUGCAAUGGUGGCAACAACGCUCAUCUCAACAAAUUUUAUUAAUUGUGUACAACAUAAAGAACAUGUUGUUGAUAUUUUAUUUAAAAAAAGUAUUCAGUUUUUUAUAUUUGAUUGGUGCAAAGAAAUUAAUAAUAUAUUAACUGGAAAAAACAUAAUUUAUGAUAAAAAUGACCCAAUAAAACAAUUGGCAUAUGAGCACCAUUUAAAAACUAAAUUAAAAAAAAGACAAAGGCAGACAAGAGAAAUUGUAAAUGUUUAGGUAAUAUUUUUUGAUUUUUUAUAAUUAUUGUUUAUUAUUUAUUCAGCAAAGCAAAAGAUUUUUAGUAAACAAUCUUGAUAUGUCUCUAUGUCUAAGAAAUGUAUUUACAAAUAAGAAAGAUUUGUUUUUUUUUUUUAUACAUUAAGCAUUUUGUAAUAUGAGAACAUGGAGGAGUUACUUUGAAUAAAUGUUACAUAUUUUUAUGAUUGCAUUUUAUAUUUUAUAAAAGACAUGUCAAGAUUGCGUAGGUAAAAUCUUUUGCUCCAGUGAACAGACUCUAAGCCUGCUAGCGCACAACAGCUUCAAAUAUAUGAAUUCUUUUUUCAUUGCUAUCUGUGGAACGGGACAGGGAAAAUUUAUUCAAAAUUAAGUAAGUUUUUUAUUAAGUUCAAUACAAAUAAAUAUUCUAAAAAGUCUUUGAAGCCGUAUGUAUCUGUUGUCGGCUUUACAGUGAGACAGACAAUCUAAUACUAUUAUUAAAAUAUUGUAAAAUGUAGGUACCUAAAAUUUUCUGUGUUUAUGGAAUAAUUACUCUGUUAACUUAAUGUUUAUAAACAUUGCCAAUACUAUGUAAAAUACUAAGUACGCAGUGUUCAUGUUGCAUGUGGGGUCGGAUGCUCAAAGGCAAAAUAACCUCUUUCAAAGCCAUUGAAAUUUUAUGUGAUAGAAAAAAACUAUAUGAGUGUGAGAAGAGAUGAGUUGUUUUUUGACACCUUUGUAAUGAUGAAUGACAAAGCGAUGUUAUAUUUUAGCUUAUUAUGAUAUUGGAAGUAUAAGUGCUCUACGCAUUAUUCAUCUUACUGUCCAAAACAGAAAGUCGCAUAAAGGUAAAAAUAUUUUCGUACUGGACAGGAAGUUUGAUAAUGCACUGAGUGCUAGAGUGUUGCACAAGUGUUGUAAAGCAAUGAUUAUGUACGUUCUUGGAUAUUAUUAUUGUUUGAUCUCUUUUUCCAAUAAAUGAUUAAAACGAAA